CUCCUGGUUUGGAUUCGUUUCCUCUCUUCUUUUUGUGUGUGGCUGCUCGGGGAUUUCUUAGCUGCUGAUGCGGAUGCGGAUGAGGAUGAGGAUGCCGUGUGUGCGUGCGCCCGGAGAUCUUCUCUCGUUUUGGUCAAUGAACAAUUGAGAAUUGACCAUGGGUGGGUGGGAAGAAAUCCUAGUGUUCUAACUAUUGAUCGAUCCAAUUUGGGCGCACCGUGUUAAUCGCGUCUGAAUCGAGCAUACCCGGAUGGAGCUCAUAACUUUUUCUUGCAGAAUCUGACGAACAGAUGCUGGUUUUUAAUGGAUGUAGGCAUUGUAGUGUUCCUCACUUCAGGGUUACCAUCUAUUGAAUUAAACCCUCAUGUACUCAAUUACUUUUACUCCCAUGUGCCAUUCAAUGUUCUCAUACAAAGAAACCAAUGAAUCUUCAGCUUCCAGUUGCAUGCUAUUGCUUUCCAGCUCGCCUUCCACGUUGGAAAUUGUUGCUUGCAAGUUGUGGUCAUUGCUAUUUUGUACACUUGGUUAUUGGAAAUUGGUUCUCUCUUGGCCUGGUAGAAAUUUGGUAUACUAUGUAAAAAGCUAUGCUGUUUUAAUUCAUGUGGGUGUUUUUUUAUUCUAGAGGAGAUUCAUAUGGAUGUUGAGUUGCGAUUAUUUGGGCUGUAAGAUCUCUUUCAAGCAGGGGGAAAAAUCACCUCAGUUGUCGUUGCACCAUCCACAUAAUUUGUUGAAUAAAAAAUAAACUUCUCAUUUAGUUGCUGUCCUUUUCUUGCCACUGUUCAUUUCAGCUCUUAUUAUACCAUCCCAUAAUUCACUAAUGAAUUCCCGUUUCGCCGCUGUCCUUGUCAUGCGACUAUAUAUAUAGGAAAUUGGAUGUAGCAUCUCACUUUCACUCUGGAUGUCACACUGAUAUGAUGAGCAGAGAAUGCUAAUCUAAUCCCUGGGGUGUCCGUGGUGAUUUUCUUAUGUCAUGUACUUCCACCAUGGGGCUCAUACCUUGCUAUGCUUGAGCAUUCUCAUAGGGAAUUGUUGUUUGCCUCUUUAUACUGUGUUUAUUGCUGAUAUCAAGGCUACUUGCCUUGUGUGGUUCGUUUGAUGGUUAAAUUAUUCUGUUAUCUGCUUUCAGGUUAUUUUUGAAGCUAUUGAUAGCUAGAAUAAUCUAGGACUCUUCACUGAACUUAUUCAUAAGUCAACUUAAAACUCGGAUAUGACAAUUGUUUUGACCGAAAAUUAAGGAACACAGCAAUAACACGAGCUAACUCAGCCUGUCUUCCAAUGGAGGAUUGUGUUGGUAUCAAGUACAGCAGUGUCAAUGAGGGCGAAGAGCGUAAGGGAGGCCAUGGCGUCCCAAAGGUUUCCAUCAUCCCACUCAUUUUCCUCAUAUUCUAUGAAGUUUCUGGGGGUCCGUUUGGGAUUGAGGAUAGUGUCAAGGCUGCUGGCCCACUCCUAGCAAUUGCUGGAUUUCUGCUGUUUGCACUCAUAUGGAGUGUCCCGGAAGCCCUGAUUACUGCAGAGAUGGGCACUAUGUUUCCUGAGAAUGGUGGUUACGUCGUCUGGGUCUCUUCAGCCCUUGGGCCAUUCUGGGGUUUUCAGCAAGGCUGGGCAAAGUGGCUGAGUGGUGUCAUAGAUAAUGCUCUCUAUCCAGUCCUCUUCCUCGACUAUGUUAAGUCCAGCAUUCCAGCUCUUGGAGGUGGUCUCCCAAGGACCUUGGCGGUGCUUAUCCUCACAGUUGCACUUACUUACAUGAACUACAGAGGGUUGACAAUAGUUGGCUGGGUGGCAGUCUUUCUUGGCGUGUUCUCUCUACUCCCGUUUUUUGUUAUGGGAUUAAUAGCUAUUCCCCGAAUCGAACCCUCAAGAUGGCUUGAAAUGGACUUGGGGAAUGUGAAUUGGGGUUUAUAUCUAAACACACUGUUUUGGAACCUCAAUUAUUGGGACUCAAUCAGUACCCUUGCUGGAGAGGUUGAGAAUCCAAAGAGAACACUCCCAAGGGCACUUUCUUAUGCUCUAGUUUUAGUGGUGGGGGGAUACCUCUACCCUCUGAUCACCUGUACAGCAGCAGUUCCAGUUGUUCGGGAGUUCUGGACGGAUGGAUAUUUCUCAGACGUUGCGAGAAUUCUUGGUGGUUUCUGGUUGCACUCGUGGCUUCAAGCAGCUGCUGCACUGUCCAACAUGGGCAAUUUCGUAACUGAAAUGAGCAGUGAUUCUUACCAGCUUCUCGGGAUGGCUGAGCGUGGAAUGCUUCCAGAGUUUUUCGCCAAGAGAUCUCGCUAUGGAACCCCACUUAUUGGCAUCAUGUUCUCCGCGUUUGGUGUGGUCCUGCUGUCCUGGAUGAGCUUCCAGGAGAUCAUCGCUGCGGAGAACUACCUGUACUGCUUCGGUAUGAUCCUGGAAUUCAUCGCCUUCAUCAAGCUGAGGGUGGUCCACCCAAACGCCUCCCGACCUUACAAGAUCCCACUGGGCACCAUCGGCGCUGUCCUGAUGAUCAUCCCACCUACCAUUCUGAUCGUCGUGGUGAUGAUGCUCGCGUCCUUCAAGGUGAUGGUGGUCAGCAUCAUGGCAAUGCUGGUUGGGUUCGUGCUGCAGCCGGCUCUGGUGUACGUGGAGAAGAGACGGUGGCUGAAGUUCUCCAUAAGCGCAGAACUGCCAGAUUUGCCGUACUCGAACGUUGAGGAAGACAGCACAAUCCCACUUGUGUGCUGACCUGCAUAUGCAUGCCAUGAAAGUAGAAUCCCCAACCAUAGCCAUGCUAGACGGAAGGAACACUGCGAUUUGCGACUUGUUUCGUCUCACGGCUUUUCAAAGCCUCUUCAUCUGCCAUGUAUAAUUAGAAGAGAAGCAAGUUCAAAAUUGUGAUCAUGCUAUUUGUAUACCAUGUUGGCGUCAGGGAGGAUUGUAAAUCCCAGGGCCAGUUUGAGGAAAAUACUUCACUUGGCUAUUGCCAAUAGCACCUGGUUAUUCGUUCAUUAUAUAUGUGCUGCUGCUCUUGUUAGAGAGAUUCUGAGGACAA